CGGAGCGCACUGGGCAGUCCGACUGUAGUGUUGAAAACUUGGGGUGCGCGAGAAUUUCCCAAAGAACUUGUUAAAAUGCAUAUUCCUGGGCGUCUGCCUUAGAGAGUCUGCAUUUUCAGUGCGUGCCCCACGUGAUUCUGAGGUGUUUCUCGGACUACCCUUUGAGAGACACCGCUGGGUAACCCGGUGAAGAAAGCGCAGAUACAAAUGGGCUGAGAAACAACACUGACAAAGAAACCUUUCUGGUCACGCUUCUACUACCAAUUUUCCCUGCUCUCUGGGGCAAGUCAUCAGCUUCUCAGCUCCUUUCCUACAUGACUUAUAGGUUCCUUCCAACUCAGUUCGUGUAGGACUCCUUGUGGAUAUCUAUAAGAUAAGAUACUCCCAGAAAUCAUGUACAGAACACGUGGUGUAGGCUAUAAGGGAUCCAGACCAAGCAGCAGGACGGACAGGAGUGGUCAGUGAAGUCUUCGCUGAAGAGGUGUGAAUGAGCUAUAUGCCAGGCGGGCACUAUUCAGAAGAGGAGAACAGAGGAGGAAUUGCACAAGCAAAGGCUUGGAGAGAAGAAUAAAUGUUGCAGACCUAGCCAUGGCAGGCUCAGGCAGCAGUUCACCAGGGGGCAAACAUCUGUGCAAAGUCAUCCUGAUGAUCCUAGUGGCCCUCCUCGUCCUCCACCCAGCAUCGUCCCAGUCCGCUCGAGACUUCAUGCAUCCAGGCCAGCAGAAGAAGGAGGUCCCAGUCGACCUGUUGAACCACAUAGGUCGAUCUGUGCGGGAAACACUGGAUUCCUGGAUUGGGCCAGAGACCAUGCACCUGGUUUCCGAGACCUUGUCUCAGGUGAUGUGGGCCAUCUCCUCAGCCAUCUCUGUGGCCUUCUUCGCUCUGUCUGGGAUCGGGGCGCAGCUGCUGAAUGCCUUGGGGCUAGAUGGUGAUCAUCUCACUCAGGGCCUGAAGCUCAGCCCCAGCCAGGUCCAGACCUUCCUGCUGUGGGGAACGGCGGCCCUGGUCAUCUAUUGGAUUCUGUCCCUGCUCCUCGGUUUGGUCUUGGCCUUGCUGGGGCGGAUCCUGUGGGGCCUGAAGCUUGUCCUCUUCCUGGCUGGCUUCGUGGCACUGGUGAGGUCGGUGCCCGACCCUUCCAUGCGGGCCUUGCUCCUCCUGGGCCUGCUGACCCUCUACGCCUUGUUGAGCCGGCUCACUGGCAGCCGGGCCUCGGGGGCCCAGCUGGAGGCCAAGGUGCGUGUGCUGGAGCGCCAGGUGGAAGAGAUGCGCUGGCGGCAGAGGCGGGCGGCGAAGGGGCCCCGGAGCGUGGGGGAGGAGUGAGAAGGACGCCGGACGAUGCCUUCGUACCAAAGAGCUGAGCUGCUUCUGGGUCGCUGGCCCUCCUGCCAGCCCCCUGUCCCCUCUCCUCCCCUGUCUCUGAACCCUCAGAACCUAAUGUCUGCACCAGACCCCCCAGCUGAGAGGGAGGGAGACCAUUCCCCCUGCUGGCCCUCUGUCUGGGGUCGCAUCUCUUAACCCUUUCUUUGCUCCCAGCCAUGGCAGCUUGGAGGGGCCUGUCCCCCAGCUGCUGCUUCUGCUCUCAGCGAACAUCACUGCCAUUUGCCUCCCCUGACUCUGCUACACCUUGCCUUCCUCGCGAUGCUCUGGCUCUCCUGUCCUUCUCUCGCUCGUCUUUUGUCAAAUCCCCAGCUCCCUUCCUGAGUGUCUCCCUCCAGCCCUGUGCUCCAACCGAACCAUGCACCAUCGUCCCUCAAGGCCCACUCCUCUCCCCAUCAUUGCCCAGCAUGGGAAGAGGCGGGGCAUAUGGGACCUGCGGGGAAGGGAAGUGGGAAAGCUCCCCCAUGGGGCUGGAGGCCAGAUGUCCGUUAAGUCUGUUACAAGUGCCUUAAUCCGAACAAGCGGGUCCUCUGCUCACCCGCUGCUGUGCUGUACUGUGUGCACCGUGGCUGCUUUGUGUCAAGAAGAGAGCGGUACCUCUCUGGAUCUCGAUUCCCCUUCGGCCAAAGCAAAAGAUGACUGCUUCGUAGGCUUGUGCUUGCAAGCAGGACCCUGCAGUGGCCUUGGCUCCCCCGUGGGGAUUUCGGAGACCCCGAGAAGGAAAGACGACUCAUCUCCUUGUCUGCGCAGCCCCGGGUGGGUCUCCAUCUCUCUCUCUCUCCACUCACUGCCGCCAAGGAGUUGCUGAUCCGGAAGAUCACAGAGGUGGCACCACAGCCCCUUCCCUUCACACGGUCUGUGGGGAGGAGGGGGAGUCUGCUGACCCCUCCACCAGGGCUCUGUGAGGCUGUGGUGGAGGCCAGUGUCCUCCCCCGCCAGGCCCAGCCCGUGACGUGAAGAGCGAAUAAAUGCCCAGUUCUUAGCUGUUAAGGUUCGAUGUGCAAUCACCGCUGCAGUGAUCUAUAUUUUUAUCGGCGCUUGGUUGGUUUUAAAUAAAGUGCACGCUAUUUUAUUAUCUG